AACCAAAAGGGUUUAUUCGUUCAGCUCUUGCGUUUCGAAAUUAUACCAGUCGCCAUGUCGGCCCCAGCACCCGCCUCCCAGUCCUCCUGCAAGGUCAUGCUGUCCAAGCAUGUCGCCAAUGGCCUGCUCCAGGAGGUCCAGGAGGGGCUCAAGACCCUCGAGAAGCCGCCGCACUUGGUCGGCUUCCUGGCCAACAAUGACCCCGCUGCGCUGAUGUAUGCGCAGUGGACGCAGAAGACUUGCGAGGAACAAGGCUUCAAGUACUCCCUCCGCGAGGUCUCCCGCGACGACAUCGAAGAGUCCAUCAUCGCCGCCAACGGCGACUCGGACGUCGACGGCAUCAUCGUCUACUACCCGAUCUUCAACAACCGUCAGGACCAGUACCUGCAGCAGAUCGUCGAUGUUGGCAAGGAUGUCGAGGGUCUCAGCCAUCGUUACAUCUUCAACAUGUACCAGAAUAUCCGCUUCCUGGACCCGGAGACCAAGCGCCAAAAGUGCAUUCUGCCUUGCACCCCGCUGGCCAACAUCAAGAUCCUCGAGUACCUCAACAUCUACAACACUAUCCUUCCCUACGGCAACCGUCUGUUCGGUCACACGAUCUGUGUGGUGAACCGCUCUGAGGUCGUUGGUCGUCCAUUGGCCGCGCUGCUUGCCAAUGACGGUGCUUGCGUGUACAGUGUUGAUAUCACCGGUGUGCAAAAGUUCACCCGUGGCGAGGGUCUGAAGAACCGCCGACACGAGAUUGUCGAUAUGGAGGGUGCCACUCUUAAGGAUGUUGCGCCGCUGUGCGAUGUUGUCAUCUCGGGUGUGCCCGGUGAGAAGUAUAAGUUUGAUACUAGCCUGCUCCGCGAGGGUGCCGUGUGUAUCAACUUCUCCAGCGAGAAGAACUUCGGCCCUGAGGUCAAGGAGAAGGCCUCCCUCUUCGUGCCUUCUAUUGGCAAGGUGACCAUCGUUGUCCUGCUGCGCAAUCUGCUGAGACUCAUCCAGAACCGCCGGGUGGACAAUGUUCAGCCUGCCGCCGCCACCGAGCGACCGGGCACCCUGGAGGCGUCUUCUUAAACGCCUGUUUAUUGUGCUUGAUGGAUGUUACGAGGUUGUUAUGUCUAAAAGAUUAUCCAUAUAGACUCUGUUGUUUUUAGCCAUUUUGAGUAUACUAAGGAAUGCGAUCGCUCCAUUCUUGCUGUUAUUUUUUCUUACUUGUUGUGUUCAUCGUCCGGAAAUUAACACCUAACUACAG